UAAAAAAAAGGGGCAAUACCGUUUACAUACACCGCGUCAUACUCUCGCACUCCCCUCAGCAACAAAGACAUACCUCACCCUCUCUCCCUCUCGUCCAAAAAAAAGGUGGGGAUAAAACUGUAAAGUCCAAGACGUCAGUUCCACUCGUAUUGCCGUGUACACUUCAUGUUGAAUGUUUGCUCGUUAAAUACGAAAGUGAUAUUUUCCCCAAAAACUCGUGCCACAAAUCAACAAAUAAAAUAAUAUUUAAAUAAUAUUUAAAUAUCAUUAAAUUGUAGAGUGAGAAUAAAAAAUAGACACAUUCACCAUGAAAAUUUCUGACCGAUUUAUCGUGACAACUUCAUUUUAAUGGUGUAUGUCAUGGACACCAGUUGAUUCAUAUGAGUGAGAAAACCAAGAACAAUAAAAAUAGAAAAUUCUGCAGAGCUAGGCUGUUCUGUUCUCCUGGAAAGACAAAGAAACCUCGAUUCAACCAUUUUUCGUCAUUUGUUGACUCACCUAUCCCUGUUUCGUUGCAGCAGUGACAUUUUUAACACUACGCGUGCGUAGAUUUUCGAAAAUAUAUUUAAAAACCCAAUCGUCUGUCGUCUAGUUGUCAAUGAGUGGAGUGAAUUAGUGGGGCAAUUGUUGGAUUAUAAUCAUGGGGAAGCCAUGUGUUUUGCUGUUCUACUUGGCACUGAUGGUGGUGGCAUGGGCAUCGAAAGAUGAUUUUUCCAACAUCGACAAGCUCAGGAAUGAUCUUCUGGAGAUGAGGGAUAGCUCUGGGAAUCACAGGGCAGGUCGUAGGGCUGGUGAUGACACCUACAUGAGUCUCAUUCAGGCAUAUGAUGAGUUUGGAACGAAAAUGGAUGAGCAGUCACCAUCCACUGGGAACAGACACUUCAAUUCGCUGAAUUCCCUCUGGCUGUGGGCCAGGAUUCAAUCUGAAAUGAGGAGUGUUAAUGGAUUGUACUCCAGGUUUAGGGAGAAGUUGCAUCAGGCUGUUAUGGAUGGACAGGUCAUCAAUAUUCAGGAUUGGGUCGAUUUUGCUGACAUUAUUCUCAACGAUCCAAAUUUCGCUGUGCCAGUUACACUCGAACGUGUAUCCGAUGUUAUUAUUAAGCAGAAUUUAUUUAUUGCUGCGUAUGAGGAGGCAUCAGCGCAAAUUUGUAAUGAACAACAGUCCCCCCAGCAGCUGCUAUACAAUUUAUACUCGACAAUUGCUCUAGCUGAGGUAAAAGGAUAUGCCAUGAUGCAGUUCUCUUACACACUUCUGCGCUUAUAUAAGAAUGGAACUUUUGAAGAGGAGUCGAAAAAGAUGGCGAGGGAUUACGCUACGAGAACUUCAGAGAGUUUACGAGCUGUGCGCAUUGCUAUGGCUUUUGCACCCCGAGAUUUCUGGCGAUGCGAUCCCAAUGUCCAUAAAGAAGGCACAACAUAUGCAGAAUUGAAGCAACUCUUCCAAGGAUAUAUAGUCAAUGAAGUGGAUCUUAAUCCGUCGUCAACUUGUCGUGAAAACUGUGGCUUUUAUUCUUACGCCAGGGUCCACGGAUGCUACGACAAUUUGUACUGUUCCCAACAGAGGAAGUGUAAUGGAAAAGUUGUCAAUUGUCAAUAUUUUGACUCAGAUAUGUGGAUUUGUCCUUCAGUGAAAGGCAGCAAUAGAAGAUACGAAUACAUCGAGUACGAGAAUGGAAAUUUAUUCGGGAACAAGGGAACGUGUAAACGUCCCACAACGAAGGUGGAUAGCUGGUGGCGUUGGUUAUUCUGGCACUGCAGCUAUUGCAUGUGCUUCUGCGACGAUCACAACUCAAGUUCAGAACGUUAUUUCAAUCUGCGGGACAUUACAUCGGAUGCUGUCAACAACAAGGUUGUAACUGGAUUAAAAUUGACCAAAGCGAAUGGAAUAAUUCAUAUGCAAAUUCAGCAAGGGGUUUUGGGACCUCGUGGUGAUAUUGAUGAGUCGACUGUCGAUUGGAAACCAGUGGAUAAUUUCACUAUUUUGGAUCGAAAUGUUGUCAAUGGCAGGGAUUUUCAUACACUGUCGUGGGAAAAGAGGGCUAUUGAUCUCGAUGAUCUAUUCGCACCUGAGAGUCAUGUUCUAACUGGUGUCAGGUGGAGAAUGGUCGGAGCUCACUUGAAUUUUGAAAUUCGGGUCACACCAUUUAAUUUCACAUCUGGACAGUUGAUCAAGCCGACAGACAAGAGUAGAUGGAUCAGCAAUGAUAAGACUGACGUCAAUGAUCCCCACGACAACGACAGGAGGACUGAAUUGAAAUUGAAUAAGCCGGACAUUCCAACUCGCAUUACAGCCCCGAAUUUCCCAGACUCGAAAUCCAAUCAAUUCCUCAAUUUCGGUCCGACUGAUUUAGGAAAAGAUGCAGGACAAACAACGGUACCUUUCUUGGAUAUUCAACCAGUGGUAACAAAUCCCCCUUUCCCUCUGGCAGGUGCUGGAGUCUUCCACAAGGGUCGUGAUGGAAGUGGUGGUUACAUAGCAGUAAAGGUCAUAACGUAUAACUUUACGGAUCAUCUUCGUACUGAUCUGCCAUCAACACCACCCCUUCUGGGGCUCAAUGACAUUCCAGUGUUCUAAAUCAAUCGAGAAUCAUUUGAAAAUGCUGAAGAAGAGCCAUUCGAACCAAAAGAUAGAGCUAAUGGUGAUAAUAGAUUUCAUAAUGAUUUAAUUAGCCUUCAUUGAGAGAAUCGGAAUUAAUGGCGAUUAUUCAGCAGAUUAUUUGGGAGGUUUGUGAAGAAAUGAAUCGAAAUAUUUUUCAGUAUUUUUCAGUAAAUUCGUGAGGUUUAAAAUUUUUCUGUCAAGUGGUAAACUUGAAAAACUUGAACGGCUCGAAAAACAAUAUAUAAUUAAGAAUAUUAAGAGAUCUUUUACGCACUAGCAAGAAUUUUUCAAAAUAAAGUCUCCUGACUAGUCAUAAAAAAACGAAAUAAUGUUUAUUCAAUUAAUUGAAUUAGAUCGUGUUUGUUUAUCUGAAAUUGAUUGAUGGACGGAGCGAGAUCAGGGACUAAACUCGAAAGAACACGGAAAAUGUCUUUGUGAAAUUAUUCUGAAACCAUUUUUUCUAGAUUCUUUCUAUUUACAACUUCAUAAUUCUAAUGAUCUGAGUAUUUGUUAUGCCAGACUUCACGUUUCACUUCUACGUGACUCUCCAUUUUUUCCUUAUCAACCUGUACGUAAUAUUCUAUUCCAUUAGUUAGAAAAAAAAAAUG